GUUCUUCGUAAGUGUCAGUUGCAAGAAGCAGUCCAGGAUAAAGAAGGUGGCUUAGAUUCCUCAGUUGUUGAAGAAGGAUCAAACUGGAGCAUUGGACAAAGGCAGUUAUUCUGUUUGGGGCGUGCUCUUUUGCGGAGAAGUAAGAUAUUGGUGCUGGAUGAAGCUACUGCAUCAAUUGAUAAUGCAACCGAUUUGAUUCUGCAGAAAACCAUUAAGACUGAGUUUGCAAAUUGCACAGUAAUCACCGUGGCCCACAGGAUACCAACCGUGAUGGAUUGCACUAUGGUUCUUGCCAUCAGUGACGGAAAGCUGGCAGAGUAUGAUGAGCCAAUGACCUUGAUGAAGAAUGAAAAAUCAUUGUUUGGGCAGCUUGUCAAGGAAUACUGGUCUCAUUUUCAGUUUGCAGAAUCACAUUGAAGGGAAGAAUUUGUUUUUAUGCCAACAUCUUUUCUCUAUCUCUGCCACCA